AGCACACCUUGAAUCAUUACAAAGCCAGUUGCAUCGUCGUAGCAUCUAAUUGAUAUUCCUAAGCCAAAUACGACUCUCAUCAUGGCAGACCGAGCGGCCAAGCGGCUGCGACGCGUCAGCACCGAGUAUGAGGAUUCGGAUGGAGGCGACAGGUGGACCAACAGAGGAAGCAACAGUGCCGCCCAGACAGCUUCCUCUACGCGCCCGCGACGCGGCACCGCAAACCAGUCCCCCGCCGCAGCCGUCAUACAGCGCUCCUCGCCCGAAGAGACGCGCCAGUCAAUACGCCUCACUGUCAAAUCGUCGCCCGGCAGGCUCAGAGAGGCCACUAGCGGAGCCGUGCCCAAGACCAGAGUCAGCAGACAGAACAUUGUAUCCGGCAAGCGCACAUCGCGGAGUAGUCGGGUAGUGCGGGAAGUCGACAGCGAGGAAGAUGAAGAAGAAGACGACGACGACGAGGAGCCCGAGGAAGUCGAUGCUAUGGACGUAGACGAGGACGAAGACGAGGAAGACGAUGUGGAUGCUGAGGGCGACGAAGAUGACGACAUGGAUGCAGAGGGCGACGAAGACGAGGACAUGGAUGAGGAUACCCCCGUGCCACGACCCGUUAUACCAACGAGCAGAAACAUACCCGUCAAGCCAGCCAUAAGCAUCACCAAACCCCAAGACUCGGUCGAAGCCAAAGAAAUGGCCAUGGACGUCUCCGACGACGACGAGCUCAGCGAUCUAGACUCUGACAUGGAUGAAGACGACGCUGAGGGCGAAGACGAAGAUGCCGAGGGCGACGAAGACGACGACAUGGCUGCGCAGAAUGACGAUGAGGAGGUGGACAGCGAUGUGGAUCUGAGCCGUGACCAGACGCCAGAUAUGAGCAAAAUGACGAAGAGGCAAAGAGCCAUGGUCAACGAGGAUGACGAUGGCGCGCUCCUGGCGCUGUCGAACGAGGCGCAAAAGAAGAAGCAUCUCACAGCGGAAGAGCAUGCUAUGCGUAGAGCGGAAAUGGCGCGGAGAAGGAAGAACUUGAGUGAGAAGCGGAACGAAGAGGAGAAGUUGGACACGAUCAACCGCCUCCUUAAGAAACAGCCCCCCAAACGCGGCCGUCGCGCCAUCCAAGACAUCACCGAGUCUGGCCAAGAAGACGAGCCAGAUGUCGAGAGGGCGAACCCGCUGUUCGUGCGCUAUGUGCAGAAUGCAAAGGGAACGCAUAUGGGUGUUCCCGACGAGUGGCUGCAGGCUCCCAUUGGCAGCUUGUUCGCAGGUUCAGUACAGCCACCCAGCAAGAGUCCCUUCAGCGGAAGGAUGGUACAAGAGGUGGCUUAGGAUGAGAAAGGAACGAGACUGUAUACUAUCUGCAUAGAAGGGAGUUGAUUGGCUUGUAGAGUUCAUUACACGAUUCACCUGUCUGAAGACAGCUAUCAAACCACGAUGCAUAAGAGUUUAUCUGAACAAGUUCGCGAUUAAUUAGAGGAAUGUGUUUAUUUCUUUACGGCAUUCAGAGUAGUAAGGGGUAAGAAAGCAGUUACAGUGGCCUAAACGACACUAGACACUGCUUAGCGAAAGAAAGCGUAUAUGGUGUAACUUGGAGGCACUCACAUUAUGAGAGUAGUAGAUCAGAAAGCAGUUACGACGGCCU